GCUGGGCACUCACUGAUGUUCUCCAGCUUCAGGUUGCCACCCUUGAACAGGGAAAAGGUGCUCAGUGCCAGCUUCCGAUGCAGCUGCCAGGAGGUACCAUGGUCGGCGAAGGCAAUCCCCUUUUGGUUGUCUGACAGGAUGUCUAGAGUCAUCUUUGGAAAGCAGGAAAGGACACAGCCAUCAGACUCCAUCCACUCGCCCUCUCCCAGGGCCUCCUGCACUCAUUCCCCUUCCUGAGGAAGAAGGCAGGUCCCUGCCGUGCUGGCCUCCGUGUGGGGCCACCCUGCUGUGCUCCACCAUGACCAGAAGGCCUUGGCAGGACAGGGCCCAAGGGCCCACUAUCCCCACCUCCAUCAGAGAGACAGAGGGAGGAAAGUAUCCUGACUUCGAAUGCAGAGGUCCUGGGAUUCAGUUUCUGACCAGGGAAGACAGCUGCGGAUGGGAUCAGCUCGAGUUGAUGGGAGCAGGAGCUGGUGCGCUCGCAGAGGUUGAGGACAACCCAGUCCCUGGCCUUUCUCUGGGCCCUCCAGCACCUGUAUUUGGCAGUGAUCUUUGGAGACUUCUACAGCAUUAUAGAACCAUGUAAGAUGAGGCACACAAGUUGCAGAGGUUGAAACAUUUCCAGUCACACAACUAAACAGCAGAAUUGGGACUGUAACCCAGACCUUCUGAUUUUAAACCAUGGGUUUACUGAAGUUGUCCUCCAUCCCCUCAAUCGAUGUCUGCGUGGGCCCUGUCUUCUUCAGGAUAUCAACUGAGUAUUUUAAAUGAAUUUAAAAUUUGCAAAGCGCAACCUCCGCUAGGCGCAUGCGUCCCUCCCUAACGACGUCUCCUUGCCUUCCGCUUUGCGCCUCUUUUGGCCCCAGCGACUUGCCAUCGCCCGUGAGGAGGUGCUCACUAUUUGAAGUGAUGGCGACUGGGACCCCAGAUUCGCAAGCACGAUUUGGUCAGUCCGUGAAGGGGCUUCUCACAGAGAAGGUGAACACCUGUGGUACUGACGUGAUUGCGCUCACCAAGCAGGUGCUGAAGGGCUCCCGGAGCUCUGAGCUGUUAGGUCAGGCAGCUCGAAACAUGGUACUACAGGAAGAUGCCAUCUUGCACUCAGAGGAUAGUUUAAGGAAAAUGGCCAUAAUAACAACACAUCUUCAAUACCAGCAAGAAGCUAUUCAGAAGAACGUUGAGCAAUCAUCAAAUCUACAGGACCAGUUGAAUCACCUCUUGAAAUAGAACAGCUUACAAGGGGGCAAAGGCACUUCUUCACCUGACACUGAGGAGGAGAUAUCUUACAUAAUUAUUGUGCUGUGGGUUUGAUUUUCCCUUUUCUUCUCCGAACGUUAUGUUAGAAAAGAAUCUGUGAAGAUGAAUAGUUUCUCCUGAAAGAAAGCUAGGUGAUUGAAUUUCAGAAGCACUUCUUGAAUCAGAUCUACCCAGUCUCUUAUUGAAUUUUUAAGUUGCCUUUCUUGAUGUUAAAGCAGAAUUAAAAGAUGUCUUACCAUGGACAUCCCAUAGACUCUUAGUAUGUCAAAAGUCACAUUAUCUAAAUGUUAUUUCUUAAGCAAAUACUGAGUAAUGUUUUAAAUUCAGACAUAGAGCUUCUAUUGUGAACAUAUAAGAAUAAUUAAUAUUGUGAACAUUUAAGAAUAAUUAAUAUUCUUUUUUAAAGACUUUUUUUCUUCUAAUCAUACAUUCAGGAAACAUUUUAAUUUCAUGGUCAGAGAAUGGCAAUAGGUAAUACCUGUUGUUUUCUUUUCUAAUAACUGAGAGGAGAUACUUACUUUGUUACAGCAAAUUCCUAAAUGAAAAGGAGGCAAAUGAUAGCAUAUCUGGCCAGCUGCAACCUCCUGCCUUGACCUUCAUUCCUAGGUUUUCUUUGUUGUUGUGACACUUGAUUAAGUGGCCUUGAGGUCAUUUUGUAAUUUUGCUAGUCAUUAGCAAAUUCACUUUUUUUUUUUUUUUUUUUGUCUUUUUAGCUAUUUCUUGGGCCGAUCCUGCGGCAUGUGGAGGUUCCCAGGCUAGGGGUCGAAUUGGAGCUGUAGCCACCGGCCUACGCCAGAGCCACAGCAACUCGGGAUCCGAGCCGAAUCUGCGACCUACACCACAGCCCACUGAGCAAGGGCAGGGACCGAACCCGCAAUCUCAUGGUUCCUAGUCGGAUUCGUUAACCGCUGCGCCACGACGGGAACUCCCAGCAAAUUCACUUUUAUGACAUUAUUGCCAGAUGGGAACGCAGUUGAAUUACUGUAAGUCACUGGGGUGUAGGGUUGUGCCCUGGAGAGAAAACCUUAUGUUUGUAGACAUUUACCUAUGCUCAUUGAAUUUGUCUCAUUAAAUGCCAUUACCAUUAUCUCCUGUCAGGUCUGAAUGUCUAUACUUUGCUUGAAUAUAAAAUGGGACUCCAGGAGUCCCUGUUGUGACUCAGUGGUAACAGACCCGACUAGUAUCCAUGAGGAUGAAGAGGGUUCAGUCCCUGGCCUUGCUCAGUGGGUUAAGGAUCCAGCUACACUCUGAUUCGACCCCUAGCCUGGGACCUUCCAUAUGCCGUGAGUGCAACCCUAAAAAAAAAGAAAAAAGAAAAUGGUGUUUUUACUGAAAGAAAAAAAAAAAGCAAAUAUGAGUCCAGUUUAAUUCAUAUUGUAUAUCAUCAGGUUACUGCAUUUUAUAUAUACGCAUAUUAAGGUAAAAAGAACUAUGAAUAUAGGAAUUCACUUAUUCAUUCAUUCUAUAAACAUUUAUUACAAUUAAAUGUAAACAGGUUCAAUUUACCUUAAAAAGAAGGGCUGCAAACUUACAGCAAUUCUCACGUAAGAGUAAAACAUUUGAAGCAUUAUCUGUCACACUUUCUUUUUUCUUUUUUUCUUUUUGGCCAUGGCCACAGCAUGCAGCUGCAGUCACAACGCCAGAUCCUUAACCUGCUGAGACACCAGGGAACUCCUAUUACAGUUUUUAUUCAACAGUCUGCUAAAAGUCACACCUGGUGCGGAAAUUUAAAUUAAAGGUAAAUAUUAGCAUUGGAGAGACAAAUUGUUAUCUUACAGUAGGAUUAUCUACCUAGAACAUCUAAGGACUGAUUAAACCAAAAAAAAAAAAAAAAAAAUCAGCAGUUUAGAAAACAAAACCAAGUUCAACCAUCUAAGUAUACAGGAAGCAAAGAAAUCUUUCUUUUUUUUUUUUUUAGAGCCAUACCCAUGGCAUAUGGAGAUUCCCAGGCUAGGGGUCAAAUCAGAGCUACAGAUGCUGGCCUACACUACAGCCACAGCAAUGCCAGAUCUUAGCCGUGUCUGUAACCUAUACCACAGCUCAUGGCAAUGCCGGAUACUUAACCCAUUGAGCGAGGCUGGGGUGAACCCACAACCUCAUGGUUCCUAGUUGGAUUCGUUUCUGCUGCGCCAUAACGGGAACUCCCAAAGAAACAUUUAAGAGGGAAAAAAAAUAAAGGUGUGGUCUAUGUUUUCUUCAUCAUAUUGGAACAAAUUUUUAUUUUAUUUUAUUGAAGUAUAGUUGACUUACAAUGCUGUAUUAGUUUCAGGUAUAUAGCAAAGUGAAUCAGUUACAUAUAUACAUAUUCCAUUCUUUUUUUUCCAUAUAGGUUAUUACAACUAAUGAGUAGAUUUCCCUGUGCUAUAUAGUGUGUCCUUGAUAAUUAUCUACUUUAUUGGAACAAUUUUUUUUGGCCGUGUCCGGAGUAUGUGGAAGUUCCGAGGUCAGGGAUGGAGCCUGCAUCACGCAGUGACCCAAGCCACUGCAGUGACAACACCAGAUCCUUAACCUGCUCUGCCGCAAGAGAAUUCCAUAUUGGAACAAAUAUUAAAGAAGCAGUGAUUUCUUAUAUUAUACCUAAUAAAAUACAUUCCACAAUCAAAAUUUUAAUGGUAAAUAUGAAAUUUACAUUAAAUAACGAAAACCUAAUAGUACUGCUUUAGUCAUUCUAAAGAACAUCAUGCCAAAAUACAUGAAAGAAAAUAGACAGAAAUGAGAACAGGCAGAAAUGUAUGCAUAAUUUAAUAGGUUUUUUUGUAGAAAUAGGUUAUGUAGAAUUAAAUGGUGAUCAAACAUGGAGACAAGAUAAUUCUUAACAUUUGGGUUGUAGAGGAUAUGUUGGAGGAUAAUUUCAAAAUAAUGAAAAUCCUAGGAGUUCCCUGGUGGUUCAGCAAGUUAAGGAUCUGGUGGUGUCACUGCUGUGGCUUGGAUUGCUGCUUUGGUGUGGGUUUGAUCCCUGGUCCAGGAAGUUCCACAUGCCACAGGUGCGGCCAAAAAAAGAGAUAAUAAUUAAAAUUCAGAUUUUGUGCAAGCCAAUUUAUGUGAUGAUAUUCAAGUGGUACUCUAAAGAGAAAAAAAAAUCAUGCUUUAAAUCUCUGUAUUGGGGAAAGGUGAAAAGAAAUGCUUUCUUUUUGUUUUUUUAAAGGAGUUUGUAGUUAGAAUUUGGAAAAAGAACAUAAGAGAACAAAAGAAAUCAAAGUGGAAUAAGAAAACCAAGCAUGAAUGACAAAAAUUUGAAAAAAAAAAUUGAAAAAUUUCAAAAGUGAAGCCAUUCAUUCGUCCUUAUAGAUUCAGUUGGUAAAGUGUCAGCUCAAUCAUAAAAGUACAAAUUAGUAAAGUUAUAAUUGACCUUUACAUAUAAAAUAUAUAUAAAGGUAUAUAUAUAUAUAAAAUAAAUCAAUUAGAUUUGUCAGCUUGAUGCUAAAAAUUUAAUUACUAGUAUCAAAAUGUCUGGCUCCUUAUAAAGAUAUAAUAUAAAACCUGUAUUUAAAAGAGAGUAUGUCCAGAUUGGUCAGAGAAAUAAUCCGUAAAUUGUCAAAAACAACCAAUUAAAAUGUCAUUUGCUUGCAGUAGCUGUCCUGACACUUUUUCAUUCCAUAUACUCCCAAAGUAUAGAAAAUGAUAGCAAGAUACCCAGCCCUUUGCUGAAGUAGAUGCAAUUUUCAUUAAAAAAAAAGAUAAUAUAAAGAAAUUUAGGAGAUUAUUAUUUAUGAACAUAGAUGCAAAAAUCCUAAUAAAAUCUUAGAAAAGUUGAGUGGAGAAAUAUUUGGAAGACUUGCUGAAAUAAUUCCAGAAUUACAAAAUUGAUACAACAGCUACAAAACACAUUACAUUAAUAACAACAGAAUCACACAUUACUGUAAUAUACACUAAAAAGGCAUUUGAACAAAACUCAACUUCUAAUUAAAACUUAAACAGAAAAUCUUUCUAAAAAGUAUGUUUUAGAAGAAUUAUAGAACCCCAGAAUAUUAGAGCUGUAUGGGGCCUCACAAGUGAUUAAAUUCUGGCCCCAUGUUUUACAGAUGAAAAAACAUUAGCCAGGAAGAUUAAAUGACUUACCCAAGGUCACUGAACUUGAUGGUAGAUCUUUUGACUACUACUAGUCUAGCUUGCAGUUAUCGAUUACUUUUCUUCUAAAUUGAAGUGCUACCUGUCAUUUCUAGUAUUUACUACAAAGGAAAGUUUCUUGGAAGUAAUUGAAUCCAAUCCACUUUCCCCUGCUACUUCAUCUCUAGUAAGUAAACAACCAGAUGGUCAUCUAGCUUCUGCUUGAAAACUUCUCAUGUUUGGAGAAUCCUUUACAUAGGGGUGCUGGCCAUUUUGGAAAAUGGUCCUGUGUAUUGCACCAAAAUCUGCCUAUCUGGAAUCAUCCUGGGAUUGUCAGACCAGUAGUUUCUGAGGUGGAAUGUGUGAAGGUAUGCACAAAGUCAUCCUUGGAGGUAAGGGAAGAAAAUAUGCAAAUAUCUAUGUAUAUUUAAUUUUUUUUAACCUUAAAAAGAGAAAAUUAGUUUUGGCCAAUAUUUAAAAUAUGGCUUGAUAAUGAAAAGCAAAAAAUUCUGUGGCUGAGGCACUGGCCAAUCUGAAUGAAUGAUGGUCACAGGCAGUCUGGUCCAGAGUGAGUCCUGCACACUAAGAUACCGGAGGGAGAACUGGGAAUAACUCAAUUUAAGUUGACAGUGGUUGGUUUUAUUGCACUUUAUCUGUGUGUGGUUAAGUGGAUUUAAGGCUUAUCAAAUGAUUCUUGUGAAUAACCACAAAUUGAAGAUAAUUUAAUAAAAGCCAAAGUGAGCAAGUGGAAAAUGAUAGCGCCUUUUCCUUAACCUCCCACGAGUCUAUCCUUUCAAGAUAAAGUUACCAUUUUAACGGUGAGUGAGAAAGUGACUGCUUUUCUAAAGGAACUAAUUUUAUGGAGAGAGUAUUUUGAAAACUAAUAUUAAGUAGGGUUUUCACCAUUCGAUGAUUGCCCAAACCUGGAUAUCUGUAAAAACUUAUUUUUACACACUUAAUAGUAAGAAAUAUUCUAACCUAUGAAAAUAUUCCAACAAAGGGAGUUCUCUUGUGGCACAGUGGGUUAAAGAUCUGCCAUUGUCACUCACUGCAAUGGCUUGGGUUUCUGCUGUGGUGUGUUUUCAAUACUUGGCCUGAGAAGUUCACAUGCCAUGGGCACGGCCAAAAAAAUAUAUUCUAACAAGAAUUGUUUCUAUGGUUUAAUUUGUUUAAAAUAUAAAAAUACAACACCUUUCUGUUAACAUUUAACAACUAAUUGACAUCUGGGAAGAUUGCUAGUGGCAGAUGGGAUGGAAAAAUGAUAUUAUUUAGUAAAUCUACCAUUUAGGUAUCCUUUCAGUUGGAACCCCUUAUAUCCUUACUAUCCUAAGGAAUCGAAAUGUUUAUUACAACCACAAAAGGAAAUAAGAUGUACAGUUGUAGGAGUGGAGAGAAAAAAGUUAUUUAUUUUUUUAGCAUCUUCACGGCCGAACCUGCAGCAUAUGGAAGUUCCUGGGCCAGGGGUCGAACUGGAGCUGCAGUUGAGACCUAAGCCACAGCUGUGGCAACACUGGAUUAUGCCACAGCUUGCAGCAGUGCUGGGUUGAAUGAGACCAGGGAUGAAACUUGCAUCCUUGUGGAGACAACAUUGGGACCUUAACCUGCUGAGCCACAAUGGGAACUCCAAAAGAAAUAAAUUUAAAUUUUUCUGAAGGUGAAAAGACAAUACCUAGAGAACAAGUGAAUUGACUCAAAAAAUACUAGGGGUUAAAAUUUAGCUUGGUAUUGUUUCUUUCCUAAAUACAAUUCAAAAUAGAUUGAGAACACCUGCAUACUAUGUGAUUCCAUUGCUGUGACAUUCUGGGAAAGGAAGGAGAACAGAUCCAUGGUUGUUUAGGAGCUGGAGGCGGGGGGAUUUAUUAUACAAAGGAGCUCAAAGAAAAUUUUUUGAGUGAGAGUCUUGACUGGUGAUGUAUGUAUGUAUGCCUUGUUAGAAUUCACAGAAAUGUAUACUUUUAUAAAGAAAAGUGAAUUUUACGGAAUGUAAAUUAUAUCCUAAUAAACCAGAUUUUAAAAAGUA